AUGUACCUCCUGCGCAGGAUUGAAGCACUUAUGAUGGAGAUGCAGAAUCCAGACACAGGCAUCAAGAUGCAGUCACAGAGGGUGAUGAUCACAAACAUCCCACACGCUGUGGCAGGUAAUGAUAUAUUGCAGUGGAUUCUCCAACGCUUGCAGAUCACCGAGGAAGAGGCACUCCACCUGGGAGACCUGUUUGUCAAAUAUGGAUACAUCUACCCUCUUCAGGAGCCAAAGAAUCUCACCCUUAAGACAGACGGCAGCCUGUACAGGUUUCAAACCCCCUAUUUCUGGCCCACGCAGAGCUGGCCUGCUGAUGACACAGACUAUGCAAUUUACCUAGCAAAGAAGAACAUUAAGAGGAAAGGGAUUUUAGAAGAAUAUGAAAAGGAACAUUACAACAUGCUCAAUCAAAAAAUAAACUACAAGUGGGAUUUUGUAAUUAUGCAGGCCAAAGAGCAGUAUAAGGCAGGGAAGGAGCGGAAGAAGGCAGACAGGUACGCCCUGGACUGCCAGGAGAGAGCCUACUGGCUUGUGAACCGAACUCCUCCCGGCAUGCUAGAUGUCCUAGAGUAUGGAUUAGACCGCGUAACAGAUCCCAAUGAAAAUAAGGUAAACCAGAAAAAAACUAUGACCGUUUAUAGGAGAGAGAUCAUGUACUAUCAGCAGGCCAUCAUGAAGCCCAGAGUGAAAUCUUCUGUCUCUGUCGGAGGGCUUGUGAAGUACUCUGAGCAGUUCCUCUCCAGUGAUCCUAUCCUGUCUGGAUGUCUCCCCGGCAACCCCUGGAUAACAGAUGACCCUGAGUUCUGGGAUCUCAAUGCAAAACUAGUGGAAAUUCCUACCAGAAUGCGUGUGGAGCGAUGGGCCUUCAAUUUCAGUGAGCUGAUACGGGACCCGAAAGGUCGGCAGAACUUCCAGCUCUUCCUGAGGAAGGAGUUCAGCGGAGAGAAUCUGAGUUUCUGGGAAGCCUGUGAGGAUCUCAAGUAUGGAGACCAAUCCAAGGUCAAAGAAAAAGCAGAGGAAAUUUACAAGCUCUUCCUGGCUCCAGGAGCAAGGCGCUGGAUCAACAUUGAUGGCACAACAAUGGGCAUCACGGUCAAAGGCCUCAAGCACCCUCAUCGUUAUGUUUUAGAUGCUGCUCAGACCCACAUUUACAUGCUGAUGAAAAAGGACUCCUAUGGUCGCUACUUAAAGUCUCCAGUAUACAAGGAAAUGCUGGCCAAGGCUGUUGUGCCACAAGAGGCUGUCAAAAAAAGCUACACUUUCCCGUUCGGACGCCGUCACCUCCGCUCCAGCCCCAGCCCCAUCGUCCUGAGGCAGCAAGAAGAAGAGGCCAAAGCCAAAGAAGCCGCCACGACCGUGGACAUCACGCAGGUCAUGAGCAAGCUGGAUCGCAGGAGCCAGCUCAAGAAUGAACCUCCCAACAGCCUGCCUCCUGCCUCCUCCGGCCCCCCAGCCCUGCCCUACAGCACCGCCUGCCCCUCGCCCGUCAGCGUGGCCCUAGACAGCACCGUGGGCACCAAGAGGGAGCGGGAGCCCGAGGGGGCCGGCCCCGGCCCCUUCCCCUCCAGCGGUGGGAAAUCCCGUGCGGUCGCCCUGUCCUUCGGCCGGUUCCUGAAAAGGGGCUGCUGGACCUCGCCCGUCUUCGCCACGCUCUCGCCCAAGUGCCCAGCCAUGCCCCAUGGGAAGGUGCAGCGGGGCCGCCCGCUCCAGCCGGACACCAAGGCGUCAGCUGUCGCCAUCUCGCCCCCAUGUCUGCCUGCUGUGGGGCCGCACGUGAUGGUGGCUGCCAGAAGCGGGCACCAGCUUCGCUCCUCCUUGGCGUCAGGCAAGAAAAUGGAGGCGCUGCACCUUCCCGCUGGCCCCGGGGAGCAGCGGGCCAUGAGGCUGCUGGGCUUCUUCCAAAUAAAAAUGGAUGCUCCUUUGGAGAGCAGAAUCUACCCCAUAGACUCUGAGGAGGGAGAAGACAACCGCCACCGAGCUCGUAAGGACUCUGCGAAGGAGGUGAUCUGCCCUUGGGAGAACCCCACGGAAGAGGGGAGAGCUGGGUAA